GUCUGUUGAGCAAACUAUUCCCCGUUAUCCGGAUCGUUGAGACGGGUUUUGAAGAAAUUGUAUCAGUUGACGGUCGAGAGAUUGUGAAGAUGCUGGGGUGGAUUUUCAGUUUUAUUGUGGUCGUCACAAUAAUUAUUUCCGGUGAGACCACGACCUGGACAACAUCCCUGGGGGAUGAUAACCCGUCAGAGGUCGGAGAACAUAGGGGUCGCCAGGCAAGAUUUUUCCCGCUGUUCAGUGUUGUACGUUUCGCAAACUCCGAGUGCUCCGGCUCAAAUUCCUUCAAUGGAACGUGUUUCACGAAAAGAGAGUGCUCGAAGUAUGGUGGGAACCCUUCGGGAUCAUGUGCGACUAAUUUGGGAGUUUGUUGCACUUUUCGAAAGACAUGUGGAGCCACUACUAACAUUAAUAACACGUAUUUUGUGAAUGAAGGAUAUUAUUCGGCUCAUGAUGGGCCCGAACGGUGUAUGAUUACGGUGUAUCCGUGUACUACAAAUAUAUGUCAGUUAAGGAUUGAUUUCCUGGAUUUUAAUUUGGCUCAACCGAACGCAUCAGGCAUCUGCGACUUGGAUUUCUUACUAGUGACUGGAGCUGCUAGAAGGGUUCCUCGCAUUUGUGGAGAGAAUGUCGGCCAGCAUAUGUACGUGGAUUUUAACGGCAAUAAUCCUAUCACAAUUUCGAUGAUCACCAAUGCCGCUUAUCGAUUUUCUCGCAAAUGGAAUCUGCGACUUCAACAGAUAGCGUGUGACUCCCCUUGGCGAGCCCCAAGUGGUUGCCUACAGUACUAUAAGACCGUGUCCGGGACUGUGAUGAGUUUCAAUUACGGAAGUACUCCGAAUCCGCGAGUACCAACAGCUACGUCCAUUGGAACUAGACAAAUGCAGAAUUUAAAUUAUAAGAUCUGCGUUCGACCAGCGUUGGGAGACUGUACAAUCGAGUGGUCGCAGACGGACUCAACAUCGUUUGCAAUUUCCGGAGAUUCCGGACUUAUUACUGGAGCCGCUGACGAAGAUUUAUCUGAGUCGGGUACCGAGUGUACCCACAAUUAUGUGAUAGUUCCAAAUCCCGUAAAUACAGCCGGCGGCCGUUACGAUACAGACAGAUUUUGCGGAAAUGGAUUUCAGACGAAAACAAGCGCAUGUUUCAUACUUUAUGUUGUGACAAAUCCACCUGCAGACGAAUUCGUGGACGUGGAAAAUCGUGGAUUCACUCUUAAUUAUCGACAAUUGGCAUGCGAAGUUUAAUAAGAUUUCAGAUAAACUAUUAUGACGGGAUUAAUACUGAUAAGUUUUUCAAUAAAAUAAAAAGAUGUCAGUGACACAAACCACCUGGUAGUCGAUAUCUGAUUUCCCCCCUGUGCCUCACCUCGAAUUCUCGCCUGAAAUCUCGAAUCCAAUGACA